AUGCCUCCGAAGGUUGAAAAAGAGCAUCUCAAUGUUGUAGACAUAGCCAGCAGCGACGAUGACGGCGACGCUCAAACUGUCGCCAGAAAGAAAGCUUCCUCUCUCGGAGAACGACAACUUCGACGGAAUAUAUCCAGUCCUGAAAUACCACAGAGCUCAGGACCCAUCACGCCGCCGGCACUACCCUCCGAUGAAACCCUAGACUCUCGAAGUUUCUGGAAGGCGGGGAAUUAUGUCAUUGGCCCCACUUCCAAACCAGCUCUGCUUGAAGGUGCAUUGGAGCAUGCGCGUGUACACCCCAAGUUUCUUCACUCAAAUGCGACGUCGCAUAAGUGGGCGUUUGGAGCAAUUGCAGAGCUAAUGGACAAUGCUGUGGAUGAAAUUCAACAUGGUGCAACUUUUAUAAAGGUUGAUAAAAUUGAUAUAAAGAUGGAUAAUUCUCCAGGUCCAGCUUUACUUUUUCUAGAUGAUGGUGGAGGAAUGGAUCCUGUAUUGCUACGGAAAUGUAUGAGCUUGGGUUAUUCUUCUAAGAAAUCAAAUACAACAAUUGGACAGUAUGGAAAUGGAUUCAAGACAAGUACCAUGCGACUAGGUGCUGAUGUUAUUGUUUUUAGUCGGUCAACUAGGGCAGGCAAAGCAACACAGAGCGUGGGACUUCUAUCUUAUACUUUUCUACGCCGAACUGGACAGGAUGAUGUCAUUGUUCCUAUGAUUGAUUUUGAUAUUUCUGGUCAUUGGGCAGAGCCAAUAAUUUACAGCACACACGAUGAUUGGUCUUCUAACUUGAAAACUAUCUUGGAAUGGUCUCCCUUUUCAUUAAAGGAGGAUCUGCUGCUACAGUUUGAUGAUAUUGGACCACAUGGAACAAAAAUAAUAAUAUACAACUUAUGGCUGAAUGAUGAAGGCAUAUAUGAACUGGCUUUUGAUGAUGAUGAUGAGGACAUUCGACUGAGAGAUGAAGCUCUUCGUGAAGCUACAACUAAAGUACUCAAAAAGACAGUUGAACUUCAAUCCCAUAUUUCUUACCGCCUCCGGUAUUCACUGAGGGCAUAUGCUUCAAUGCUAUACCUCAGAAAAUUCAAUAACUUCCAGAUCAUAUUAAGGGGGAAACCUGUCCAACAGUUCAAUAUCGCUGACGAGUUACAAUAUCCAAAGGUUGUAACAUACAAACCCCAAGUAGCUGCUGGAUCAAAAGAGUGUUCAGUGGAAACUACCAUUGGAUUUAUAAAGGAGACCCCUACAAAUGUUUCGGGAUUUAAUGUAUACCAUAAAAAUCGCCUUAUCAGGCCCUUCUGGAAAGUGAAAAGUGAUGGCUCUGUGAUAGGGAAUGGUGUUGUUGGUGUUCUUGAAGCUGACUUUAUAGAACCAGCACAUGACAAGCAGGAUUUUGAGAGGUCUUCGCUGUUUGUCCGGCUGGAAAAUAGGCUAAAGCAGAUGGUUCAUGAGUACUGGAAAGGCCAUUGUUACUUGAUGGGCUAUCAGCCUCCAGGUUUUGCUGCAAAGCAGAAGAAAUUGUUAGCUAAUCAGCAUAACAAUAGUUCUAAUUUGCCAGCCGGUGGCAAGCAGGAUUCAAGAGAUGAACAACCAGGUCUUGAUGUCCCUGAUGUAGUCAUGCCUGAAGGUGACCUGGCAUCCAUAUCAGUUGAUCAGUUAUGUGAAGAGAACAUACAACUUUUCAUGAGGUGUGAAGAAAAAGCACAGAAGGAAGCUGACUUGAAACAAACGAUUGAGGAACUAGAGAAGGGGUUGGAAGAUAUGAGAAAGAAGUGUGCCCACCUUUCUUCACUCCUAGAGUCCAAACGUAAACAGAAGGUUACAUAAAAAAAAAAUACUGUUUACUGUACAGUUCAUUUAAUUAACCUAAAGCUCGUCGUUUCUACAGAGGAACCGUUUGGGACACGUAACUACAAGUUACACUUGAUGUAAAUCUCAUUUUUGUUCCUUUAAUCCUGUUAAAGUUUAUAUCCUGAGGAGCAGAGCAUUGUAUGGUGGAUGAAACGACCUAUUUAUUACUUUGAAUUUUAGUUGUGUAUACUUUUUGUAUCAAGGUUAAAUUUAGCAAUAUCAUCGUUCAAUAUUGAAUUUUGUUGCCA